UAGACUAUCGCGUUGUACCAAACAGCGCCGCAUUUUCCGGUCAUAUUUCUGUGAAAUAUCUGUUCCAAAAUCUUUGAAUUCACAAUGUCACUGGCAACAAUGACUAUAAGAGAGAAGGAUCAGAUGUAUAGACUGAUAAUUAGUCAACUUCUUCACGAUGGUUACCAUGAGGUUGCACAGCAGCUGAGUAAGAUUGUCUGUGUCGUUCCUGAUUGCCCACCAUCAGAUCGUCUUCAGAAAGUGGUACAACUAGGUCUCAGAGCAGAACCAGACAGACAUGCACCUAUAUCAAUAUCAGACACAGUUGCUCCAGCCACAUCUAUUGAUCUGGACUUUGAUACAGAAGUACAAAGUCAAGCACCUGAAGCAGCCCAGUACGAGACUUGUUAUGUCACUGCUCACAAGGGUCCCUGUCGUGUAGCAGCAUGGAGCAAGGACGGUCAGCUGAUUGCCACAGGAUCAAGUGAUGCUUCAAUCAAGAUCCUGGAUGUGGAGCGUAUGUUAGCCAAGAGUGCUGCUUCUGCCCCUACCACAGACACAGUGGAAAGCCAUCCUGUUAUCAGAACCCUCUAUGAUCAUGUCGAUGACAUCACGGCUCUUGACUUUCACCCAUCCUGGCCUAUCCUGGUGUCAGGAGGUAAAGACUGCACCGUCAAGCUUUUUGAUUUCUCAAAGUCUACCGUCAAGAAGUCAGCCAAGUCUAUCCAGGAGGUCUCUCCCAUCAGAUUUACUACAUUCCAUCCGUGUGGAGACUUCUUACUGGUCGCAACUGAACACCCAACACUGAGACUUUAUGAUGUGAAUACUGCUCAAUGCUUUGUGUCUUGCCAUCCCAAUGACCAACAUAAAGGCAUGCUCAAUAUGAUGGAGUACAGUCCGCUUGGCAAUAUGUAUGCCUCCUGUAGUAAUGAUGGAGCUAUCAAACUCUGGGAUGGUGUGAGUAACAGGUGUAUCAAUACACUCAAAGACGCCCAUGGGGGGAGCCCUGUCUGCUCAGUUAGAUUCUCAAGAAAUGGAAAGUAUGUUCUAUCCAGUGGAAAGGACUCGCUGGUGAAACUUUGGGAGAUCGGUACCAGUCGAACACUCAUUACGUAUACAGGAGCAGGGUCUGAACAUAUGAAGACUACAACGCAGGCUGUCUUUAAUCAUACAGAGGAUUAUGUAUUCUUCCCUGAUGAGAAGACCUUGAGUUUAUGUUGCUGGGAUUCCAGAAACGCAGAGAGGAACAAGCUGCUAUCUCUAGGUCACAACAAUGUAGUAAGUUGUAUCAUCCAUUCACCUACUGGACCAGGCUUUGUGACGUGUAGCGAUGAUUUCAGAGCUAGAUUCUGGUACCAUCGAACAGACGCUAACUAAACACCAGGGCAUCACUUCACAUAACCAGCCCUAGUCAGUGGUAGAGCAGCGGUGCCGUAACCAGGAAAACCCGGGUUAGAAACCAAGGCAUCAAUCCUUAUUACCAAGUCCCUCAGAGAGGACUUAAAGCUCUUGGUCUCCUGAAUUCGUACUUGCUUUAAUACAAACAUGCAGAUGAUUUCUUAGGAGUCAGGUAAAAUAUACCAUGAAACCAUGAAGGUCUAUGUGUGUAGACAUCUGUUGAAACGCAUUAUAGGAUUAAUGCACACUUCUAUUGAAUGUCCAUGAACAUAGGACGAUUUAAAAAAAAUGUCCUCUGUUGUCUUUGUCUUUGUCAAUUUAUUACAAUCUUGUGUAUAUGAUGUUGUGUGUAAAAUGUUGAUAAACAGCUGCAUUCCUGAGCCCUGUCUUAUAAAAAGUUGCAUUUGAUCCAUAUUGAUUGAAAAUCCUCCUAAUCAAUCCCAAACUUAAAAAACCCUUUAGUCCAUAGAUCCCAUUGACAUGAAUAUGAGAUCAGUUUAAAUCACUCACUGCUGUUUAUGGAACUGGGGCACUACUGUCAUUGAAAACCUGACAAUGUCAUGGAAUUGAGGAUGAAUCUUACACCAACCCUCAAUUUACCAGGAAUCCUUCAAUGAAUUAGUUUCACAUCAUUAAAUGACCAGAAACGUUCACAUGAACUCCAUUUUAAAAGCUUUUGCAAGUGGUCCAGAUCGGCAAAAGUUUACUGCUGCGAAAUGUUUAUUUUAUUCAAGAUGAACGAAUGUUUUAUUUGUUUUGUAUUUGUCACAUCUUUUCAGAUCUGUAGUUGCUAAUGCCUGUGAUGUGUGUAGGCUAUGUAUGUAGCAGUUUAGAGGACAAACAUUUAGCAGGGACGAACCCUUGGUUAGUCAUAAAGCAGAAUACUGCUCCUCAUAAUGAUAACGAUAAUAGUAAUAAAAGGCAUUUAUAUAGCGCCCUCUAUCUAGACAGUUCUAUUACGAGGCACACAAGAAAAAUAGAAAGAAGUACCAACUGUAGCUGCUUCUGACUCUGCCAGAGACUGUAAAGGUGACGUAGGCUAUGGGCUACAUGUACCUAUUUGGAAUCUGUUUGGCAAAACAGCUUCAGUACCUAAACUAGGAUGAUUUUAGAUAAUGCUGCUGGAUUGACCAUCAUCAUGCACUAGGACAUGCACAGAGCUAGAGCUAUUUUAUUCAAGUGAAUUAAAUGCCUGACUGUCGUAAAUUCUGACCUGCGUGUACCCUUUGGACAGUUUUUGCUAUUUUCUAACAAUUUGCAUUAAAGGAUGCCCAGUAGAAUGCAAAAAAAGAAAUCAUUGCAGCUUGGAUGAGCACAUGUUUUUAUUUUUAUUCCAUAAUUUUCAGUGCUAUUGAGAUUAUGAGCAUGUUUUAUGAUAAUAAUUUCAGGGGAUGAAUUUAAUUUAUUUUUCAAUUCAGUAUCUAUUAUUGCAUGCCACAAACAACAAGUUAAUUAAAUUUCAAGGUUUAUUAAAACAUGACAUCAAAGCUGCAUAGCUGAAUUGCUAUAAAUAUAGGUCAUAUACAAUUAUGAAACAUGCAUGAUAAACAUCUGUAGAAUUACAAUCAAUACAAUUUGGUGUAUUUACAUUUAAAUGUAUAUCAGAAUUGAUAUCAAACAAUAUUCAUUGAUGUCAAGUUUACAAUUUGUAAAAAAUAUUUGAAAUGAUACAACAAAAAACAAGUUUAAAUUGUGUAUUCUCCUGGAUGGCUUGAAAUAAGUACUGGCUGGAGAGUUGUCCAGGGAGUAGGGUGCACACUGAGAGUUCAGAAUGACUUGAUACCAAUAAUACGCUGCAAAACACCUGAGUUUAUUAUAUACACUUUUUUUUGCCUUUUGGUAAAAUUCUGCUGAUAUAAUCACUAUUUCUAUGUCAUCUAUGUUUUACAAACCAAGGAAAACAUGGCAGAAAUGUUCCAGUAAAAUGAAUUUCCAUUUUUGUUAAAGUUGGUUUAGGUUUGGCCAUUUUCUGGGUCUGGAUGAUAUUGCUCAUUUUUUCUGCUUUCCUCUCAAUUCUUGAUCAUUGCACAAUGUACAUGUAUUCUGUCACAGAUCUUUGUAUUUUUGUAAAUAAAUUGUAAAAAAUUUUCAUAUGCAAUGCAGGUUAACAAUAGUCUUUCAUCCUAAAUAUUGGUUUUCAAAGCUUGAAAUGUUAAUGACAAUUAGCUGCUGGUCUUGUGUACUGUGUGAACAUUGAUUCGUUUGAGUUCUGGUCAUAAUGAUUUUUGUUUUAAU